AUGGUCUUCCAGAACCCGCCCUUGGCCACCCCGGAGUACUGCACCGCAGACUUCUCGCUUAUCCCCAUCGGCUCCAAAGACGUCUCCUUCUCCAAGCAAGUCGCCGAGAUCCAGCGUCUGAUCCAGAACACCGGCCUCAAGUCCCAGAUGCACGCCACCGGCACUACCGUGGAGGGAACGUGGGACCAAGUGUCGCAGACCAUCGGAUGCGCUCACACCAUGAUCCACAACGAGGGGGUGGGCAGGAUCCAGACGGAUAUCCGCAUCGCAACACGGACCGAUAAGAUGCAGCCGAUGGAGGAUAUUAUGUCCUCCGUGGAGAGGGUGUUGUCUACUUGA